AUGAUAUUGCGUGAAAUACGACACCGGAUUAACAUUCAUACAGAAUCAAAUUUACCCGAAGUACAAGUGAUUAGUUUAAUAAACGAAACAUUACCACGUUAUACCUUACGUGCUGAUACAGAAUUUUCGUGUUCAAAUCAAGAUUUUAUACAAACACCAAUUAUUAAUAGUUCAGACAUAGAAGGAUUUUCAAACCAAGAAAUACAAUUAACACUCGAUUAUUUUCAAGCCGUUACAAGAUUGUUGGAAGAACGUGAACGAGAUUUAAAUAUAGCUGCUGGAUUUGGUAAAAUAUUAUUAGAAAGUAAUGAUCAAUUGAAACAACAAGUCAGUUUAUUAGAACAAGAUAUUGAUCAAACAACGGAAAUGGUUCAACAAUUGAAACAUGAUUUAUUACUCAAAGAUCGUUUAAUACGUUUUUAUGGUGACAUGGAAUUGGAUAUGAUACCUCCAGAGGAAAGACAUUUUGACAAUCAUCAUUUUGAACAAAAAAUACGUAAUUUAGAAUAUGAAAAUCGUGAAUUACGAUCGGAAACAUUACAAUUGAGAUCAGAUACAGAUACAUUUGAUCAAAAAGAACGAAAUCUUGUCAAUAAUUGUGUAAAUGCACUUGCAAAUGCUAAUGCACAAGUUGAUCAUUAUCAACAAGAAUUCAUUAAGAAAAAUGAUGAAAGUAAUCGACAACAGGAAGAAAUAAAAAGAAUAACAUACGAGAUGCGUGAAGUACGUCGUCGUUUGCUUCAAUUGAAAAAAGAAAAUGAAGAAUUGAAAGUAUUACUAUCUCUAAGUGGAAAAAGCAAACAAGAAUAUGAAUUAAGAGAACUUGAGAAAAAUUAUGAAGAUUGUGUAGAAAAGUUACAUAAAUCACAAUCCGAAGUACUCAUACUACAACAACAAGUUUUAACAGCACAAUUGCCUUCAUCAUCCACAAUAGUCAAUGAAAAUUGUCAUCAUCAUACUCAACACACAUUAUUUUUAUCACCGACAGAUUAUGCUAAUUUUAUGGGUAUGGAAAAUUCGUUAAAAUAUGAAUUUGAAGAAGUUGAUAUUGAUCCAUAUGAAUUGUAUCCUACACCAGCUACAGAAACCUCAAUAAAAUUUGAUGAACAAAAUUAUAAACGUCUAAAAUGGCGAAGUGAUACAGAUGAUUCGUCGAUUAAUGAUUCAGCAUACAGUGAUACUGAAAGUUUAAGCAGUGUUUGGUCUUGUCGUCACCGUGAAUUCAAAGAAAAAUUGGAUUCAGAUCAACAGAACAGAUUAACAACGUCAACCUCAUCGAUGCCAGGACCGCGGAGAUUACCAGCAUCAUUAUGUUCACGAUUACGACUUGUGAAACGUUUGGAAGGAUCGGCAAUGUUGAAACGUUGGCAAGAACUGGCGACUCCCUCAUUUUCAUCUUGUCUUCAAUCGAUACCGGGUGUUUAUACGCGAGCUGAAAUUUUGCAAGGCUUGAAAGAAGAAGAUGAGACAAACAUGGAUAAUGACGAAAGAACAGUUAAUGAUACAACUCUUGAUUGUCCCUCAAAAGAAAAAUGUCAAGAAGACACGUCGACAUUUUUAACCGAUGGAACAAAACGUACAACUUUAUUACAGUUGCUUAAAGAUCAUGAUUUAACAGCUAAUACAUUUGAACAAAUUGAUCAUUCCCCAACUACUGACUCAGUGUCAUCAUAUGUGACAGCAUCAACUAAAAUAGAUCUGAUGAAAGACAGUCAAAAAAAUUUAUUAUCAUCUCAUAAUAAUGUUUUGUCAUCGUCAUCUAGUCAUUCGAUUUCAAAACCAACCACUUUAAAUCUCAACCUAUCUCCUUCUCUAGUAAUGGAUCCAGAUGAUGAUAAUUCAUCUCCUGAAACACCACCAUCAACUCCAAUUCAAAAUUCAUAUUUACAAACAAAUGUAUUAUUAAAUCAAGUCAUGCAACGUCUGAUCGGUCUUUCAUUUCGUACAAUUCAAUCCUUAACUUCAUCUUUGUCAACAAAUGUUUCAUCAAAAGAAGAUACACAGACUCUUACUUCUCCAAUAACAACAAAAACUUCAGAUAUUUGUCCAACACCUCCAUCGUCACCAACAUUCGAACUAGUAACACCAACACCUAAUACAGCCAAAAAAAUUAUGAAAACAAGUACAUUCAUACGUGUAUCAGCUUUAAAUCCAUAUACGAAUAAAUGUGUACGUGAUGCUGUUGCCCAGUCUGCAUCGCCAAAUGAAGUAUCACCUGCUUUGGCUGAAUUUACACGUAGUUUAAAAUGGAAAUAA